AUGGGACAUAAACGCCAGAUUUCAGAUCGAUUCACUCCAUCCUCAAAACGUCUGAAAUCUAACUCUACAAUUUAUUUGUCGUUCGAAGAAUCCCCUCCUCCAUCAGUUACAAUCAAGGGGCUCACCUUCACUCCCACCAAAGUUUUUGAUACAUUCUGGCGUUACGCGGCAGAAAGGCAGGCCAUUGAUGAUAGGCGCCGCAAGGGAUUACCCCCACCUUGGACAGAUGAUCCUAUAUUAGGUGGAUAUCGAUUUUGUAACGUUUUCCGGGUAUUGGAUCGAGUAAGCCAGUACAUCAUCCGCGAAGUGAUCGAAAUUGGACCUCAAGAGCCGACAGAGGUGGUUUUUCGAGUGGUGCUUUUCAACACUUUUACCAGGAUAGAAACUUACCAGCUUCUUCGCUCAAACUUUGGUACGCCCACAUGGGCGCAGUACAAAAGGAGAUCCUACGAAAAAGUGCUGCGGGCAGCGUAUGAAAAUGGUGUCAAGCUGUACACUGGUUCAUUUCAGAAGCCCGCACCCAACAUGGGUUACAAGGAGGCCUUCAUGAAUCAUCUGAUAUUCCUGGAAGUCUUGAUGAAAGACUUACCUGACCAGCUAGCAAAUGCGCAUUAUAUGGCUGACAUCUUUGAUUGGCUCUGCUCUUUCAAGAGUAUGGGUGAUUUUACAGCCUAUCAAUUGCUGCUCAAUUUGUCAUACUCUGAUGUGAUCAAUUUCUCCGAGGAUGAUUUUGUCAGUGUCGGAAUUGGCGCGCGUCGGGGCCUUCGCGAUUGCUUUGAGGGAAGCCUUUCGCGUUCCGUAGAGGUGGAUAUCAUUCGAUGGAUGCAGCAAACACAGCAAGAUCACUUUGCUCGGCUUGGGUUGGAUUUUAGAGGUCUUAGUCCAGACCAAUGCUCGAUGCAGCUUUGCGAUGUGGAACACACAUUGUGCGAAGUCUACAAGUAUAUCCGUCUCUGUAGGCGGGGAACGAGUAAUAAGACCUUCCAAAUUUCCGCAAAAUUGGCCGCAAGACGACUCCCCAAGGCAUGGUCCCACCCCGAUCGUCAGAUGCUUCGCAUUAGGACAGAGGAAUCAACCGAAAUUGUCGAAAAAUUCACUGUUUCACAAAUAUCGGCGCACCGUAUGAUAAACGGUGGUCGAGAGUUCCUGGUUUAUUGGGAGGGCUAUAGCGAUGACGACGCAACCUGGGAACCGGAAGAUAUGCUCAUGGAAGAUGCUCCAAUCGCUGUGAAGGACUACUUGACCGAUGCAAAAAUUAAAAGAUGA